AUGGCGCGGGGCGGGGAAGGGGGUCACCGGGGCUGCUGGGGCGGCGCAUCGACGGGGGUGGCGCGGGGAGGCGGCGGCACGGGGCGGGAUGGUGCGGAGCGGCGGCGGCUCGGGCACGGGGCGGCGCGGCGCGACGACGGGGAUUGCACGGGGCGGGGAAGGGGGUCACCGGGGCUGCUGGGGCGGCGCGGCGACGGGGGUGGCGCGGACCGGCGGCACGGGGGCGGGAUGGUGCGGGGCGGCGGCGGCUCGGGCGCGGGCAGAGAGGGAGGGGACAGAUGUGGGGCGCGGGCGGGCGUCGAUAUGGAUUUUAGUUAG